AUGUCGUCUGUCAUCGAAGACGCCGUGAAUGCUGCUGAAGCCCUCAAAGGGGAAGCGACGCCAAGGAAGCUGGCGGAUGCAGACUACCGCACGGAGAUUUUCCCGCGCAUCCGUGCGUUCCGCUUCCAAUGUCAGCAGGCGAUCCUCUCUGCCCCGCAGCUCGCCGUCGAGAAGGCCUUGCCUGAGCUGUUGUGGCGCGUUGGGUUCUACAAGUUGGUGGAGUUUUACCGACAGCGCCGCAGCCGCAACCCAAAGGAGACUGACGACCUGACGCCGGACUUCCAGCUGAUCUUGGCUGAGGGCGCGGGAUUCUACAUCAAUUUCGUGCAUCAGCUACAGCAGUGCUUUCACCUCGUACCCACGACGCCGCCGGCGCUUCCGUUCGGAUUUACGCAGCAGAACAUGCCCCACUUCCCACGCCCUGUGAAUGCAUCCUCGCACGCUGCGCUGCUGAUAGUGCACUCGUCGCUCAUCCACGCGGGCGAUCUCGCUCGAUACGCGGGCCAGGCCGCCGCCAGGGCGCGGAAGAAGCAGAGCACGGGCGGUGCGGGCGUGGACGAGAAAGCGGUGCAGUUUGGUGUUGCGCGUCGUCAUUACACGUCAGCCCUGCACAUGCUUCCAGGCAACGGGUCCGCAUACAACCAGCUCGCUGUCCUCGUUACGUACGAUCGCGACUUCUUCACAGCAGGGUACUAUUACAUCCGCAACCUGUGUGCGCGUGAGUCGUUCUCCAGCCCCGUUGAAAACCUCACCAAGCUCUUCCGCAUCAUCGCAGACACGGCCCAGGACAUUGUGGAUGACGAGGACGAUGACAAUGACGAUGACGAUGAUGUGAACAUGAGCGAAUCAGAUGAUGAUGAUGAAGAUGAGGAUGAUGAUGAUGAUGAUGGCGAUGAUGAUGGCGGUGGCAAUGGCGGUGGCAAUGGUGAUUUGCCUGGUCGCCCCCGCCGCCUUCUCCCCGGCCAGCGCGGCGACACACGUGCAGCGAAGCAAAACACGCACUCGCGCACAAAAGACUUGACGGCUGCGCACAUGCACACUGUUCUUCACCAGUUUGCCUAUCUCCACACCUGCCUCUUCUUCAACAAAGGAUUCGAUGGCCUUUUAUGGCGGGCGUGGCGGCCGGCAAACGCGCGUGUGUUCACGCGUCUCGCCCGCAUUAUCAAGCAGUGCGCACUGCGCAACCACCCCCACACUGCACAGCAGCAGCCACCUGUUGCAUGUGCCACCGCCGACAACGAUCCGAGCACCAACACGAUGCUGCCACUGCAGCUGCUCUCGUACUCGCUGUUUUCUGUUGAACACACGCGCGCGAAUGCACCAGACCGAUUCUGCACCGCCCUUGAGCUCUUGUUCGACCUCGUCAACGUCUUCGUCUCGCUCGAGGCUGAGAUGUCCACCGCGUGCACCCUGGGCCCAAUCAAGAUUGCGAGCAACUGGUUGCAGGCCAACGCACGUGCUGUAGUUCCACUCCUUCGAUGCAGCAGCGAUGACCCCGCAGCGCCUCACUCUUCCCUGCACAUCACACACACGUUCUGGAAGGCGUUUGCUUCGCUGGCGACUCGCCAUGCACAGCACACACCACCGCAACCAGAGGCCCUCAUGCAGUGGCGGCAGCCAUCGGCCAACGCCCUCCCUGAAGACGUAGCCAUGCUCGGCUUCUCCCCGCUCACCACACACCCUUUCUUCGCAGACCUCGAGCUGCCGCGGGUGGAGAUGCGCACGGGACCCGAGACGGCCGCUGCUGUGCACAACAGAGCCGUCGUCGCCGCUGCUGUCGCCCUGUCCAAUAUGGCCGGGGCACCCACGCCAGAUGACACGCCAUCCCCAUCGCCGCCACCGCUGUGGUGCGAAGUGACUGGGAAUGUGCUCACGUUCCAAGCGACGGUGGACGCGAGCCAGCGCCUCCUCAGUGCACAGCCGCACGUGAGCGUUGAUACUGCUGGCCCGGCCGCUUAUCGCCACGACGACGGUGGCGACCAAUAUCAUGCGCAUCAACAGCAGUACCAUGACGCCAUGGACAACGACGAGGACGACAUUUCAAACAGCGAGCUGUAUGGAGUGAUGGAGAGCAUCAUGGCUGCUCUCGACGAUGACGACAACGACCACAUGCAAGACCAGUGA